AUGCGGUCGACAAUCGUAAAUUUUUUCCUUUUAUUAACCCUUUUACCUCACCAAAUCAUCGCCAACCCUCGUGACGAAUGCAGAAACCGCAAAUUUGACAAAUAUCUAGUCUCCAUCCAAACUGACCUUAAGCACAGAUGCACUGGGGUCAUCCUGAACUCAAACACCAUCCUAACCACUGCCCUGUGCCUAACAGACCACAUCUACAGAACUUCAGCUCCAGGUACCUGCGACUGUGCAAAGAAUGUGUCAGUAAUCUACAGCGUUGGUUCUGGUAACAUGGAAGGUUUGAUCUGCGCCAAAGAUAUCAAGGUGUUGAAAACCGUUAUGCAUCCUGCUUACAAUAGGUCAGCGAAAGAAGUGGAAUACGACGUGGCCAUCUUGAAAACCAAGGGUUACAUGGACUUGGGUAAAGCAUGGAAAGAGCCGCCUUUGUCUAGUGAUACUUGGAAGGUGAUGGAGAACUGUGAUGCUGAGGCUGUGUUGACUGGAUUUUGGAUGGAUAAGUAUCAGAAAGAGCCUAAUGUGCAAGCACCUUGCAUAGACGUACAAGUUGCUAACAAAAAACUCUGCAUGACUGCAGAAGGCGAAUUCAAACCAGUUGCAAGAAACAAGAUGGAGCCAAGGGUCAUGUGUGUUUUCGACUCGAAUUUGAAGAGUCCUUCUAUAUGCAGAGGUUAUUUUGGUUCGCCUAUCUUCUGUAGGGAGAAGAAAACUGGGAUUUCAAUAUUGUAUGGUUUCUUGUCCCAUAGAAAGGGUUUUUCUGAACGGUGUGAACCAGAUGAAACGUUGGUUUAUGCAAGGCUGCAGACCUAUAAUGAUUUCUUGCAGAGAGAGAGGGUUUGA